GGUCUCACGUCUCAAAUCUGUGGACUUGCCUGUCGUAAAUAAACAAACUGUUCGCCGAUAAUCCGAUUUAUUUUUCGGCCUGGUAGCAAUUAGAUAAGUCAUGUUUGAGGCUCUCUCGGUAGACACUGAACACAAAGAUUUAAUUCACGAUGUGGCCUUUGACUAUUAUGGCCAGAGGAUGGCCACAUGCUCUAGUGACCAACAAGUCAAGGCUAGUCUGGGAUCUUGAUUUGCACGGGUCUUGGCACUGCACGUCGUCCUGGAAGGCUCACAGCGGAUCAGUUUGGAAAGUAACAUGGGCCCAUCCUGAGUUCGGUCAGGUCCUCGCCACAUGCUCCUUCGAUAGGACGGCUGCAGUCUGGGAGGAAAUUCCAGCCGGCGAUGGCCCUGGCGAGACAGCCCGCUCACACUGGAUCCGCCGCACUAACAUGGUUGACUCAAGGACCUCAGUCACCGACGUCAAAUUCGCUCCUCGACAGUUAGGGCUUCAGUUGGCUACCAGCUCCUCCGACGGGGUCGUUAGAAUCUACGAGGCGCCAGAUGUUAUGAACCUCAGUACUUGGACAGUGCAGUAUGAGAUCCAAGCUAAAAUGCCUAUAAGCUGUCUCACGUGGAACUGCUCCUUUUCAAGCAAACACCUUCCUCUUCUUGCUGUCGGGAGCGAUGAAGUCGCGGCUCCUCAGGGAACUAUUGCUGGAGGGCAAACCUCAAAUGUGGUCAUUGGAGCAGCCAAAGUUGUUCUGUAUGAAUACAGUGAGAACUCAAGAAGAUGGGCAAAAGCUGAAUCUCUUAACGCUGUCACCGAACCAGUGCAUGACAUUACGUUUGCCCCCAACUUUGGCAGAUCCUACCAUUUGCUGGCGAUAGCAUCAAGAGACGUCAAAUUAGUAAUUCUGCGACCUCUUGAGGACAGCACUGAAACUGCCACUGGAUUGACUAAAUUCUCCGUGGAGAUCGCAGCUAGGUUUGAAGAUCACUACAGUGUGGUCUGGAGAGUCUCUUGGAACAUAACAGGGACGAUUCUUGCUUCAUCAGGAGACGACAACUGCGUUCGGCUUUGGAAAGCAAACUAUGCUGGUGUUUGGAGAUGCGUUGAGGUACUAAGAGACGACACUGGCUCGGCGCACACCUCUGCCGACUCGGAGCUUCCGCCAAUCAGUACUGGUCAGUCCGGAGGACACAGCUACGUGCCCCUUUCGGCAGCGGCAGCCGUGAGUGGUUCACAGACUCUGGUCGGGGGAGCAACAAAGUAUUACAAGCUUGGCUCCAUCAAGAAUCAGAAUCAAGUACCAUGGCAUUGAAACUACUUAAUGCGGUAAGUGAAAGCAUCUGUCAUUUGAAUGUUAAAACAAGGAGUGAGCAUAAGCGUGUGAAUAUGGAAUAAUAAAAUAAGUUGAUGUUUAUAAGUGCAAAAA